AUGUCUCAGGUUCUUGCUGCUACUCCACAAACUGCUUUUGUACCUCCAGUCCCACAGCCUAUUCGUUUAUCUCAUCCUCCUCCUAAGCCAGCUCCAGUUAAUACAGGUGAUUUGUUAAAAAACCUUGCUUCAAUGGGUUUCCUAGGUAACCCUACCAAUGGAAUUGCAACGCCUUCUUCUACACCUGAGAGAAUAGCAGACAAAAGUCAAGAUGUGUUUGGACCCUUCAGUUUUGACAGCAAAGAUUUGCAAAUGUGUGUAUUGGAAUUUAGUGUCUAUAAUUUAAUUUCUAAGUCAUUUUUGCUCACCCCAACCUUCCUAUUUUGUCGUUCCUUACACCAUCUUCAACCUACAAAAAUCAAUUUAUACUUUAGACCAAGAGCAGGUGCAGUAGAGUUAUUGUAUUCAAACUUACCUUUGCAAUGCAAGCAAUGCGGUUUCCGUUACCCAAAAACAGACGAGGGCCAAGCCAAGAUGGAUGCCCAUCUUGAUUCUCAUUUCAGACAGAAUCGUCGCAUGAAGGAACGUGUCAAGCGAGGAUUGUCACGAUCUUGGUUUGUAACUGAAUCAGAAUGGAUCAGUGGUGCAGGUGGCGAAGUAACUAGUCAACAAGCCCCAGCUUUCUUGAAUGAUCAGAGUAGUGGUCAUCUUAAUAAUAAUGAAAAGAGUAGUGGUGUACAUGGAAGUACAGAAGAUGCAAAUAUGGCUGAGGAUCACAAGGUAGUGAUGCCCAAUGAUGGACGAAAGCCUUGUCCUAUUUGUGGUGAACGUUUUAUAGACUUUUGGAAUGAUGAGGAGGAGGAGUGGAUGUACAAGAAUGCCGUUCUGGUAGAAAAUACGGUAAAUACUCUUAAUAUAAUCAUCAUCUCCAUCGUAAUCAUAAUCACAGGGGUAGCAGUAGCAGUAGCAGUAGCAGUAACAGUAGUAACAGCGCUAAUAUACCAUGCUACAUGUCAUGCAGAUGCAAUCAAGAGUGGAACACUGGUAUUUGGAGACUCUUCUAUGGACAUAACCCCACAGGAGCAGGAGAUUGAUAAUGUAAAUAAUAUCCCGUCUUCUUUAAAGCGCAAGGCUGAAGAAGGCGAUGUUGAGAUGGAUCACAAGGUAGCUCGCACAAACUAG